AUGAAAUCUUGCUUCGCCGUCUCCCUCUCUCUUUCCUUCUGCAUCAUCAGAAUUUUCAGUACCGGAGCUGCGCCCCAAUAUCUGUUUCAUGAUUGCCCAAACACCACCCUCUUCACUCCCAACUCCACCUACGAGUCCAACCUUGACACCCUCCUCUCUUCCCUUUCCUCCGCCGCCACUGACAACACCGACGGCUUCGCCAGUGCCACUGCCGGCCAAAACCCUCCCGACCGGGCCUACGGGCUCUUCCUCUGCCGUGGUGACCUCGACAUCGCCAUGUGCAGCGACUGCGUGGCUACUGGAAAACAGGAAAUCCUCCAAAGUUGCCCCAACCAGCGAGUCUCCGUGAUCUGGUACGCUGAGUGCAUGUUGAGGUACUCGAACCAGUCCAUCUACUCAGUCAUGGAAGAGUCGCCUGCUUAUGUGAUGUACAAUACCGGGAACAUCUCCGACCCGGCAGGGUUCGUGCAAGUACUUGGACAGACCAUCGAAGAUGUUGCCUGGAGGGCGUCGGGAAAGAGAUUCGCAGUCGCGGAGGCCAAUGUUACCGCGUUUGAGAAGCUGUACACAAUGGCGCAGUGCACACCGGACUUGACGCCGUGGAACUGUAACACGUGCCUCCGGUCAGUGAUUCCGGCUCUUCCCCAGGGAAAGCAAGGAGGGAGGAUAUUCACUCCGAGCUGCAACGUGAGGUUCGAGUUGUACCCCUUUUAUGACAGCUCCGUCGUGCCGGGCCCACUUCCUUCUCCGGUUACACCGGCUGAACAGGCCCCACCUCCUCCUCCUGAAGGUACCCGGAGCUCGUGCGCAGGAAAAAGCAACAAAUCUACAGUGAUAACCAUCGCCAUUGCCGUUCCCAUUGGAGGUGCUAUGGUACUUCUCUUUCUCGUUUGUUGUUUGCUUCGAAGAAAGGGAAAGAAGAUGCAUGAAGUUGUCCAAGGAAAGAGCGGUGCGAAUGAACUUACCACCGUGGAGUCCUUGCAAUUUGACUUGGCUACAAUACAAGCCGCGACAAAUGAUUUCUCUCCGGAAAACAAGUUGGGUGAAGGUGGAUUUGGUGAAGUUUUCCAGGGUAGCCUUCCUGAUGGACAGCAAAUCGCGGUGAAGAGGCUAUCUCAAAGCUCAAGACAGGGUGAUGAAGAAUUCAAAAACGAAGUUCUAUUGGUUGCGAAGCUUCAACACAGAAACCUUGUACGACUACUCGGAUUUUGCUUGGAGGGAGACGAAAGGCUACUGGCCUACGAGUUUGUGCCAAAUAAAAGCCUUGAUUACUUCUUAUUUGAUCCCCAAAAAAGCGGUCAAUUGAAUUGGCCAUUACGUUUUAAAAUAGUAUCUGGAAUCGCUCGAGGAUUGCUCUACCUACACGAAGAUUCUCGUCUCCGGAUCAUCCAUCGAGACCUAAAAUGUGGCAAUAUCUUGUUAGACAGUGAAAUGAACCCGAAGAUUUCAGAUUUUGGCAUGGCAAGGAUUUUUGGAGUCGAUCAAACUCAAGCUAGCACAAAUAAAAUCGUGGGGACUUUUGGUUACAUGUCUCCUGAAUAUGCAAUGCAUGGAGAGUUCUCAGUGAAAUCUGAUGUUUAUAGUUUCGGCGUACUACUUAUAGAGAUCAUUUGCGGCAAGAAGAAUAACUUCUACCACCAAUUGGAUGGGGGUGAAUAUCUUGCUAGUUAUGUGUGGAAUCAAUGGAGAGAUGGCACACCCUUGAACGUGUUGGACCCGGCUAUCGUGGAUUCAUAUUCAAGAGAUGAAGUACUUCGAUGCCUGCACAUUGGCUUACUGUGCAUUCAGGAAGAUCCGGCUACUAGACCCACCAUGACAACCAUAGUUCUCAUGCUCAGCAGCAAUUACUUUAACCUGCCAACGCCUCGACAUCCAGCCUUCUUUGUCCGAAGUAGAUCGCGGGGACUGAGCAUCCCAUUGAAAGGGCUUGAAUCGGAUCAAUCCACCAGUAGGACUAUGCCUUCGUCAACCAGUGAUAUGACGGCUACUGAAUUGUACCCCCGAUGAAUGGCGGUGAAAGCAAAAUCUUACUUCAUGGAUGGUCUCAUGGUGAGAUUGAUUGGCCUUCCACCAUGAUUUUUUAUGAACCAUUGCAAAAAUCUAUCUAUUUGGAGGAUAAGCAGUUAAUUGCUCAAAGGGAGUUGUGUGCAUUGAAAAUAAGACUAGACUCAUGUUAUCCAUCUUAGUUAUUAUGAUUCUUCUAAGAUUUUUUUUUACUAGUUGAGGCUAAAUCAUACGUUGAUCCACUGUAA